AAGAGAAUAUUGUGCAGCAUGGAUUCUCUACCAGAAGAAUUUUUUGUGAGGGAUCUUCCUGUGGAGGAGCAGGCUAAGGAGGAAACCAAGAAUAAGGUAGAAAAAUCAACUGAUCAACUGGACAAACAGGAAAAGAACAUACCUACUGAUCUUGUCCCUGUUAACCUGCUAUUAGAAGUGAAGAAGUUAUUGAAUGCAAUCAAUACUCUACCAAAAGGUGUGGUUCCUCACAUCAAGAAGUUCUUACAAGAAGAUUUUUCCUUCCAAACUAUGCAGAGAGAAGUUGCAGCCAACAGCCAAAAUGGGGAGGAAAUUGUUCCUGCUUUGACUUUACGUUUCUUAAUAACACAACUGGAAGCAGCACUUAGGAACAUUCAAGCUACUAAUUAUACUGCACAUCAGAUUAAUAUUGGUUAUUAUUUGACAUUACUAUUUUUAUAUGGAGUAGCAGUCACUGAAAGAGGAAAGAAAGAGGAUUGUAUAGAAGCUGAGAAUAAAUUUCUGGUGAUGAAGAUGGUGAUCCAAGAAAAUGAAAUUUGUGAAAACUUUAUGUCUUUAGUUUAUUUUGGACGUGGUUUACUUCGAUGUGCUCAGAAGAGAUAUAAUGCAGGACUGCUAGAAUUUCAUAAAAGCUUACAAGAAACAGGAGAUACAGAUGAUCAUUGGUUUGACAUAGAUCCUAUGGAAGAUGAAGAUUUACCUACAACUUUUAAAGACCUUCUUAACAAUUUCAUCAAGACAACUGAGGGUAAUAUAAUGAAGCAGACCAUUUGCAGUUAUCUAGAUUGUGAGCGAUCUUGUGAAGCUGACAUUUUAAAGAACACCAAUUAUAAGGGAUUUUUUCAGUUAAUGUGCAGUAAAAGCUGUUGUGUUUACUUCCAUAAAAUUUGUUGGAAAAAGUUCAAGAAUUUAAAAUAUCCAGGUGAAAAUGAUCAGAGUUUUAGUGGGAAAAAAUGUUUGAAGGAAGGAUGUACAGGUGACAUGGUAAGGAUGCUGCAAUGUGAGGUACCUGGGAUUGUCAAAAUUUUGUUUGAAGUUGUGAGAAAGGAUGAAUAUAUAACCAUUGAAAAUUUAGGAGCAAGUUACAAAAAGUUGAUGUCUCUGAAAAUAGAUGAUACCGAUAUAAGACCGAAGAUCGGUUUAAAAUUUGGUACAAAAGAUGAAAUGCCUAUCUUCAAACUUGAUUAUAAUUAUUUCUAUCAUCUGCUUCAUAUAAUUAUUGUUUCUGGUACUGACAUUGUUCGGCAAAUAUUUGAUGAGGCUAUGCCACCCCCUCUUUUGAAAAAAGAGCUUCUUAUACACAAGAAUGUACUGGAACCCUACUACAACCAUCUUUGGACCAAUCACCCUUUGGGUGGAGCAUGGCAUCUGCUUUAUCCCCCAAACAAGGAGCUUCCACAGUCCAAACAGUUUGACUUAUACCUCCUAUUAGCUCUCAUAAAACAUUUGAAUGUGUUCCCUGCACCCAAAACUGGCUGGAAUAUGGAACCACUAUCUUCUGAUCUCUCUAAGUCUGCAGACAUCCUGAGGCUGUGCAAAUACAGGGAUAUCCUCCUUAGUGAGAUUUUGAUGAAUGGUCUCACUGAGUCACAAUUCAAUUCAAUUUGGAAAAAAGUUUCAGAUAUUCUUCUGCGCCUUGGGAUGAAGCAAGAAGAUAUUGACAAAGUGAAGGAGAAUCCCAUUGAGAAUAUCUCCCUUGAUUACCAUCAGCUGUCCAUCUACCUAGGCAUACCAGUACCAGAAAUCAUUCAGAGGAUGUUAUCCUGCUAUCAACAAGGAAUUGCUCUACAGUCAAUAACGGGCAGUCAACGUAUUGAAAUAGAAGAGUUACAAAAUGAAGAAGAAGAACUAAGUCCACCUCUUAUGGAGUACAAUAUAAAUGUGAAAUCAAUCCCUGAAAUACAGUUAGCAGAAAUGAAUAAAGAUGGGGCAUCGAUACCCAGUGAAUCUUCAACAGAAUCUAUUAAAGAUCUCCAGGAAGUUAAGAGUAAACCAAAGAAAAAGAAAAAGACCAAGAAUAAAAAGAAUAAGGAAUCUAAAGAAGAGCAAGUCCCAAAUAUGAUAGGUAAGGAAGAGCAGUUGAAGAAAGAACAAGCAAAUCUGUACUCAAUCAGUGGAUUUAUGAAAGAUGAUGCAAGUGAUGUUCAAGAAGAUUCUGCAACUGAAGACAAGUUCUAUAGCCUGGAUGAACUGCAUAUUCUGGACAUGAUAGAGCAGGGCUCAACCAACAAGGUAACUACAGAAUAUGGAGAAACUGAGAAGCAAAAGCUUGCCCGACAACGGCAGCUUUGUAAAUUGCACUAUCAGUGUGAAGAUUUCAAAAGACAAUUGAAAACAGUGACUUUUCGGUGGCAAGAAAACCAAAUGCAGAUUAAAAAGAAAGAUAAAAUCAUCUCAUCUCUUAACCAACAAGUGGCUUUUGGAAUCAAUAAGGUGUCCAAAUUACAGCGUCAGAGCCAUGCUAAAGAUAAUGAAAUCAAGAGCCUUAAAGAGCAACUUUCUAUGAAAAGAUCUCAGUGGGAAAUGGAGAAGCAUAAUCUGGAAAGCACAAUUAAAACAUACUUAAACAAACUGAAUGCAGAAACUAGCAGAGCUUUAACAGCUGAGGUAUAUUUCUUACAGUGUCGUAGAGAUUUUGGUUUGCUUCAUCUAGAGCAGACUGAAAAGGAAUGCCUCAGUCAGCUUGCCAGGGCGACUCACAUGGCAGCAAGCAACCUAAAAUCACUUCAGUUAAAGGCUGCAGUAGACAGUUGGAAUGCCAUUGUGACAGAUGUUAGAAACAAGAUUGCAUUCCUCAGGACACAGUACAAUGAACAAAUUAACAAGGUGAAGCAAGGGUUUGCCUUGAGUACCUUGCCUCCAAUCCAGCUUCCUCCACCACCACCCAGUCCUGAGAUACUGAUACAGCAGUUCUUGGGAAGACCCGUUAUGAAAGAAUCUUUCUUUAGACCCGUACUCACUGUUCCUCAAAUGCCUGCCGUUUGUUCUGGAGUCAUCUCUGCAACUGGUCAACCUAGACCCCCACUGAUGACUAGCAUAGCCUGGACGGUGCCAGCACCUGUGGGAGAAGCUGUGCCUCCAAGUGCAGGUCUGGGAAGUGAUCCCCCCAUGAUGAAUUGGGAGAAGAUUACAGACAGGCUGAAAACUGCCUUUCCACAACAGACCAGAAAGGAGCUUACAGAUUUCUUACGGAAAUUGAAGGAUACUCAUGGGAAGUCCUUAUCUAGACUGACAUUUGAUGAAAUUGUUCACAAGAUUUCCCAAUUUAUUGACCCCAAGAGAUCUCAGAGUCAAGGAAAAUCAGUGCCAAAUGGUAAUAGUGCUUCACCCAGCCAUACUCCUCCACCUCAGGCUAAUGCUGCCCAGCGCUCAAAACCAGCCCAGAGGCCCCUCGGUUCACAAGGUCCUGCCACAUGGGAAGGAGCCAAUAAUUUGGAUGAUGAGGAAGAGGAAGAGGAACCUUGUGUGAUCUGUCAUGAGAAUCUCUCUCCAGAAAACCUCUCAGUUUUGCCCUGUGCACACAAAUUCCACUCUCAGUGCAUUAGACCUUGGUUGAUGCAACAGGGGACAUGCCCAACCUGCAGACUCCACGUUUUGCUACCAGAAGAAUUUCCUGGUCACCCCAGCCGGCACUUGCCCAAGAUCUGAUACCACGGGGUGACUAUGCAAGGGAAGUUCAAUUUUCAGACUGCAGCAUUUAGUUUUGCCUUUUAUUUGGGCUGAUGAUAGUGUGAGUGAUGUGAAGCAGUACGCUCUUCAGUAUUAUGCAAAAUAAGCUAGCUAAACUCAUCAAAGCUGGAGCCAAAGAGGAGAGGACAAAUCUUCAGGACUGUGAACUGAAUUGAACAGGUUUAAAGAAGAUAGAAUUUUAAAAGUUACAUUAUAUUUGCCCUUACCUUAGCAGGUAUUUUCUUCCAACAUAAAGAUGAUUACUGUUAGCAUGUAUACUAGGAUGUCUUUUUUUGUCCUUAUUCCACUCAUCCUUUACUUUCUCCCAAAUAUACUACACUUUAAUUUCCUGAAAUAAAUGUAAACAAGAGUAGGAAAAUUCCCCAGAUUUUAGUGUUCCUUUUAACUUUUAAAAUUGAUUAUAAAAAUAUAUAUUAUUUAUUUACAUUUUAUCUCUAUCUUCCCUAUUCUUUUCUAUUCUCUAAAAUACGUACCUAUGAAUAGAUUAUGAUCUACUUGAGGGUGGGGUCCAAACAGUGGUGUUUUGGAGCUGGCUUAUACUGGUUUAUGAGAGACAACUGUUAGUUUCGGGAAUUUUGUGAGCCAGUUAUUGGAAUUGUUGGUAGCUUGAAAUCUGCCAUAGUGGGAGUAUUUUACACCAUGGAAAUUGGUAAACGCUGUAAGUAAGGGCUUAUUUUCCCCUCAAGAGCUGGUUAUUAAACAUUUACCAGUAUACCUCUGGGACCAUGUCUGAUGAUUCUUACUGUUCUCAAUGUCUUGCACAGUAGAUGCAGCAUAAAUAGUCCCGAGAAUUAGAAAUCAGGAAGCAGUAAGAAAAGUUACUGUGCAAAUUAAGUCAUUUGCUCAGCUGAAUAACUUUGGUCAUUUGUAAACAUGCUCUUUGGACCCUAAUCGUGUGUACUUUGGAGAGAUUUUUUUUCUGCCUUGAAAGUUUCUAAUUUCACUUUCUCAUGCUGGGGGGGUACUGUUUGUGUAUAGUUGCUUCUCAUGACAGAGUUGACACCCACUGAGCUAAAGCUGCACAUCUAAAGCUUGUCACUGAGAACUUUCAUUCUUAGAGGUCGAAAACCUAUUUUGAAAUUAGUACUGUGUAAAUUCUAUAAGUGUUGUACAUGUCUCUAGCUACAAAAUUAAAAGAAUUCAGUGACCUUGUAAGAAAAAUGUUACGCGGUUCAUAUUAUUUUCCAUAAAUUAAUGAAAUUCAUACUGUGAAUAAGUGUUUCCU